AUGUCACUUGCUUUCAUAACAAAGCUACUCGUCGUAGCGGGAGUAAUUUUCGCAUCCACUGACGACGGAAGUCUCAAUGCUAACCGAGUGUGCCUACCAAGCGGAGACAGCACCCCUGGCUUUCGUGCCAGAUUCUACUCUUACCAAUACCUCGACAACAAUUCGUCGUACAAUGAAGACUAUCUAAUGUACCGCUACCAGUCAGAAUCUACCCUUCUCAAUACUAAGCUUGGUAUCACUGAACCAUCUUUCACAAUAAUGCACGAAGAAAACGGAGUUGCUGAAGGGGAGUUAUACGGAGAACAGAUCACAAUCACAAACUUUACUCUGGAACUAGUUGGUUAUUAUAAAGCCCCUCAAAGUGGUACAUAUACUAUAUCUGUGAACCAAGUUGAUGAUGGUUUGUCUUUGAUGUUUGGAAAAGGUGCUUUUCAGUGCUGCUCAUCAGAAAACCUUGACCAAAAUACAAAUGACGUUGCCAUUCGCUCGUUCUUCUCUCAGGAAAAGAAGGAAGCUAAAUUCAGUCUCCAGGAGGGGCUGUACUACCCAAUGCGUGUCGUGUUCUCCAACAAAGAACGUACUGCUAUAAUGGAUCUUUCCAUGACCCUACCUGACGGCACUACUAUAACUUCCUUUGAAGAUGUGUCGUUCUUUCCAGGGGACGACGAGUCUGGCAAAAAUUGUGAAGCCAUCACUGUCACUGAGUCUACUACCUACACGCCAUGGACCGGCUCCGAGACUGUGACUUUCUCCACCGAGACUACCACCUUCACUGGAUCUGACGGUGUCCCAACCACUGAGACCAUCUACUACGUCGAGACCCCAACUGCUGCCACUGAGUCCACCACCUACACUCCAUGGACCGGUACUGAGACCUCUACUUUCUCCACCGAGACCACCACGUUCACCGGAUCUGACGGCGUCCCAACCACUGAGACGAUCUACUACGUCGAGACCCCAACUGUUGGCACUGAGUCCACCACCUACACUCCAUGGACCGGUACUGAGACCUCUACUUUCUCCACCGAGACCACCACGUUCACUGGAUCUGACGGCGUCCCAACCACUGAGACGAUCUACUACGUCGAGACCCCAACUGCUGCCACUGAGUCUACUACCUACACGCCAUGGACCGGCUCCGAGACUGUGACUUUCUCUACCGGAACUACCACGUUCACUGGAUCUGACGGCGUCCCAACCACUGGGACCAUCUACUACGUUGAGACUCCAACUGCACCAGUAAACACCCCAACCUCUGGAAAACCUCUUUACCCAAGCUCCAGCGCUCCAGUUUCCGAGACUUACUUUUCUGUAGUGUCUUCUGCUCCAAGUCCCAGCUCUCCAGUCUCUGAGAUCUCCUCGACUCCAGUGUCUUCUGUUCCAAGCUCAAGCGCUCCAGUCUCUGAGACCUCCUCGACACCAGUGUCUUCUGCUCCAAGCUCCAGCGCUCCAGUCUCUGAGACCUCCUCGACUCCAGUGUCUUCUGUUCCAAGCUCAAGCGCUUUAGUCUCCGAAUACUCUUCGACUCCAGUGUCUUCUGCUCCAAGCUCCAGCGCUCCAAUUUCCUCUGUUCCGCAUAGUUAUCCAUACUACCACAACACUACCACUGCUGCUGGUAUUGGAUCCACCUCUUACCCAGUUUCUUUGAGCUCUACCCCAGCUACUUCUGACUCUGUCCCAGCUACUUCUGGCUCUACCCCAGCUACCUCCGGUACCCCAGCUACCUCUGGUUCCGUCCCAGCUACUUCUGAGACUAUCCCAGCUACUUCUGGCUCUGCCCCAGCUACUUCUGAGACUACCCCAGCUACCUCCGGUACCCCAGCUACCUCUGGUUCCGUCCCAGCUACUUCUGAGACUAUCCCAGCUACUUCUGAGACCACCCCAGCUACUUCUGAGACCACCCCAGCUACUUCUGAGACUACCCCAGCUACCUCCGGUACCCCAGCUACUUCUGGCUCCGUUCCAGCUACUUCUGAGACUACCCCAGCUACUUCUGGUUCCGUCCCAGCUACUUCUGAGACUACCCCAGCUACUUCUGGUUCCGUCCCAGCUACUUCUGAGACUACCCCAGCUACCUCUGGUUCCGUCCCAGCUACCUCUGGUUCCGUCCCAGCUACCUCUGGUUCCGUCCCAGCUACUUCUGAGACCACCCCAGCUACUUCUGAGACCACCCCAGCUACUUCUGAGACUACCCCAGCUACCUCCGGUACCCCAGCUACUUCUGGCUCCGUUCCAGCUACUUCUGAGACUACCCCAGCUACUUCUGGUUCCGUCCCAGCUACUUCUGAGACUACCCCAGCUACUUCUGGUUCCGUCCCAGCUACUUCUGAGACUACCCCAGCUACUUCUGGUUCCGUCCCAGCUACUUCUGAGACUACCCUAGCUACUUCUGAGACUACCCCAGCUACCUCUGGUUCCGUCUCAGCUACUUCUGGUUCCGUCCCAGCUACUUCUGAGACUACCCCAGCUACCUCUGGUUCCGUCCCAGCUACUUCUGGUUCCGUCCCAGCUACUUCUGAGACUACCCCAGCUACCUCUGGUUCCGUCCCAGCUACCUCUGGUUCCGUCCCAGCUACCUCUGGUUCCGUCCCAGCUACCUCUGGUUCCGUCCCAGCUACUUCUGAGACCACCCCAGCUACUUCUGAGACUACCCCAGCUACCUCCGGUACCCCAGCUACUUCUGGCUCCGUUCCAGCUACUUCUGAGACUACCCCAGCUACCUCUGGUUCCGUCCCAGCUACUUCUGGUUCCGUCCCAGCUACUUCUGAGACUACCCCAGCUACCUCCGGUACCCCAGCUACUUCUGAGACUACCCCAGCUACCUCCGGUACCCCAGCUACUUCUGGCUCCGUUUCAGCUACCUCUGGCUCUAUCCCAACUACUUCUACUUGUCAAACCAUUGUUAUAAGCGCUGUUUCUGGAACGACUACCAUUUUCACCACAACUUGUCCUGAAAGCACUUUGCCAACUACAACUGGGCCUGCACAGACUGAGUCAGUGGUCACUGUUACUGAAUCUGGCACCGUUACCUCUUACACCACUACCUGCCCUAUCACCGAAGUCGAGCCAACUACCACUGGCCCUGAUAAUGCCAAGACUGUUGUUGUCUCCUCCGCUUCCGGCACUGUGACUUCUUACACCACCACCUUGCCAGUCAGCGAAUCUCAGCCUGCUACUAGUGCUCCAGCUAGCUCCGAGUCUGUUGUUGUCUCCUCCGCUUCCGGCACACCUGUCACUGAGUCUAUCGUGACCGACACCGUAUCGGGCACAACAACCAUCUACACCACUACAUGCCCAGUGAGCUCUGCUGUCGAAACAACCUCUCCUGGCCCAGCUAACUCUGAGAUUGUUACUACCAGCACCAUCUCUGGUACUGAGACUGUCUACACCACCACAGCUCCAUUGAGCUCUGCUCAAAAGACUGAGGCUGCUUCUCCAUCGGGUUCGCAAACAAAAUCUGUUGAAUCUUCUCCAGCUUACAGCGGUUCUUACACUACCCCAGGCGCUUCUGGUUCAUACGUCACCCAAACUCCAUCUUCUUCUCUUGAGGUGCAGUCUUCUUCCUCCGUCGCUGCCGUCUCUACUACGGCUGGCGUCUCUACCUUCGAGGGUGCUGCCAACAAGCUAAGAGCUGGUCUUCUUUUGGCUAUCCCACUAGCCCUGUUGUGA